AAACAUUUAAACGUUAGUUUCGCCGCAGACUUGCUCUGAUCCGGUAUUGCGGUAUCGUAAGUCUCCUAAAUUUUUUUUUCAAAUCGUUCGAGUUAUACGUCGCGAAGUGAUCAAAUUUUGAUUAGUUUUUCAAACAUGAUCUCCGCAAACGCGGUACUUUUGGCGUGCGCAGCCGUGACAGCCGUCACCUGUGCCGGUAACCUACAGAUCGUCAACGAAUGGACAACGCUCACGUACGAUGUGCCGUUCAAUUAUCCCAAUGCCGAUUCGUACAAGUCCGAAGUCACGGUAUCCACCGGAAUCGAAAUUGGUUGGGACAGGAUAUUCAUUACGACCCCGAGACUGUUCAAUGGAAAUCCGGCCACGCUGGCGUGGGUGCCACGCAACCGAGCUGGCGUGAAUUACGACACUCACAAAUCGCCAUUAUUACAGGCGUAUCCCAACUGGGAAUGGCACAGUGAAGCUUCCAGCGGUGAUAUACUGAAGACGCCGACGCCCAACUGUUCCAGUCUGGUGUCCGUGUUUCGAGUCAGGGCAGACAGGUGUAACAGGCUGUGGGUGCUGGACAGUGGAGUCAUGGACAGUAUCGAGACUUUCAAGACGAUCUGCCCGCCUAAGUUGUUGGUGUUCGAUAUGAGAACAGACCGAGUGGUGAGAAGCGUGACACUGCCUGCAGAAAUCUUGAGACCCAACACUCUUUUGACAAAUCUGGUGAUUGACGAUCAAGUCGAAGUGGCUCAUCUACAAGACGGAUUCCUCGGAGACUGUGACAACGUGUUUGUGUACAUGACCGACAGCACAAACCCAGGAAUCCUGGUAUACGACGCCCGACGAGAUACGGCGUGGAGACUCUCUCAUCCGUACAUGUUCCCUGACCCAGACUUCGGAACCUUCUCGGUAGCCGGUGAAUCUUUCACCCUGAUGGACGGCAUCAUCGGUCUAGCUCUAUCGCCUUUCGGAUCCGUAGGCCGGCGCCUGUACUUCCAGCCGUUCGCCUCUGACCGUCUGUUCUCUGUGCCCACAUCCGCGCUCAAGGCUGGACCAAACUUGGGUGACGAUGCCGAUCUUCCCGUGUCACUGGUAGGCCACAAGUCUUCACAAGCCGCCCCAUUGGCCGUCGAUCCUAAGGACGGUGCACUUAUAUUCAGUCCGGUGUCCGAAACGGCCUUAGCCACCUGGAUUCCGGGAUCCGUGGAACACGGUGUGCUGGCAUACAGCCCGGAGGAACUGCAGUUCGUAUUGGAUAUCAGAUCAGCCGAUCGCGACCAAGGUGCCAUUUGGUUGGUAUCAUCGCGGUUACAGCGAUACUUCAAAAAGACUUUGGACAAAAGGGAAGUGAACAUCCGGAUCAUGAGGAUACUCAGGGAGCCAGAGUUCUUGCCUUACGCUUUCAAUAACAAUAACUCUCUGCUGUUGUUCAAAUGAUCAGCUGUUAGUUUACUUGACACUGCACCACACGAUGAUAAUUUAUUGCUAAACCAUGUUGUAUUUGCCUAUAAUAAUAACAAUAAUAAUUACAUGAUACCACACAUUGUAACGAUUAUACCAGAUAAUAAAUGAUACGCACUGCGUAUGGUAUAUUAAUAAUGAUGCCAUUUUACUUAGGGUUGCUGCUACGUCCGUAUAAUAUAAUAAUAUUAAAACAUUAACGGAGCUGCGACAUUUAGUUUAAUAUAAAUACAUUGUGUAAAUACUAUUAUUAAUAAAUAACGAUUGAAAUAAUUCCGAUCGGACUCGACCAACAAAAUCGUCGAAAUGUUCAUAUAAUAAUACAAUGAGAUAAUAUGUGAACGUAAUUCGAUAAUUUUGUAGGUUGUAUUUUUAUUUAUUUAUUAUUAAACGUGCCUCGAUCUUCAAUGUAAACAUUAAUUCAAACGGACGUAUUUUUAAUUUUUAAUUCUCGACGGAAACGCAAUGUAUAAAUCGAUUAUUUUCGAACCGUGCUGAAAUUCUUGAAACUUUAUACUUAUUGAAAAAUUGCGCAUGACCUAGGGAUGCCCACCAUAUUAUACGACAAAUAUUUUACAAUAAAUUACGACUUCAAUGAAUCAUGAAGGAUACUAUUCUGUUUUAAAAUAUUAUUAUUACAGUCAUAACUUAUAGGACAAACCGAAAAUGUAAUCACAUAACUACUCUAGUUACGCCGAUGUUACCGAUAGCACUAUAAUACUAUGUUUAUUAUACUAUAUUUAAUUAUUUUAUGAUUGAUCAAAAUUUAUUGUUUAACAUUAUAAUUUUAAGGAUAUUAUAGUUUAAGAAAUCUCGGAUGUUUGUUAGUUAAGAAUACAAUUCUUUUAGUAUCAUUAUUAUAUUAUUUUACUGUAAAACAGAUAUUUUGUGUAAUGUGUUUUACUAUUUGUACCAUUAAAUUGUGGAACAUUA